CAGGCUGCCAUGGGCGCCUCAGCCUGUCCAUGAAUGAAUGACAUUCUUCUUUGGAGCCACAUUUACCAGACGCAACAAAAUCCUCCUCCACAUUCACCUCAAUCAUCACUACCACUCAUAUGCUGCCCUCCUAGUCCUAUCCAGAAUUGUUCGUCCUUGACACAUUCCACCACUACAUUCUCAAUGUCGACCUGAUGUGACGCACAUCCCGAUAUCCUGUUGUCACAAUCACUGUUGUUUGAGCAAGCGACUUGCCUUUUCUGCCUUUGUCUACUUUUCUAAACUUCAUCUUUGCCGCCGUCGACUUCUGUGCCCUCCUCCUCAUCCAGCCUCUUCCUGCGUCUGACUGCGAUCAGUCUCACCAGUCACCCACUAGCGACCCUGCGAGCUUGUCGUCUUCACGCACCUGAAUCUUCACUGAACAGCCUCAAUUUACUACCAGUCCUUCACCAUUUCCUCGUUUGUUACCAGCUAGACUUCACCAUGGCAGCCUACCACAGUUCACCUGUCCUCGUCCAGCACGCCUCUUCUCCCCAUUCCAUGAGCUCCCCACUCGCACUCAACUCUCUUUCGCCUUUUCCACUAGAGUCUCAAAGUGAACCAGUUCGUCUGCCCGAACCCAUAGUUCCCUCAAACUCUGCGCCUUCUUCCUCUGACCUCCAGACUCCUUUGCUAUCUCUGCCAGAGAUUCUCAUGUCUGACGGUCCAGGCACCCAACAAGAGGCUUCAGUCUUCCAAGUAGCCGAGAACCCAAACUGGGGCGAGCGAUCACACGUUCAACCGCAGCCAGCUACUCAGGUCACCCAAGAAGGAUUGGAAGAGGCGGAUGUGCGGCAGGAGCAGCACGUUAAUGACAAUCAGACAGAUGUCAUUAGACAACCACAUGUAGGAGAUGGACCAUCAACAUCUGAAGUGAACCCAGACCGCACACAAGAUGUCCAACAAAACCCCCCAUCCCGUUCAGGUCCGGACUCUGCUGAACAAGCCGUUGCCGACCCCUCUGCCGACCCUGUGACCUCUCCUUCCAUCCCAGAAAUGCCUGGACAAGACGCCCUUGUCCCCACAGCCACUGUUCCUGACGAGCCCCCACCCCCACCAGAAUGGGCGACUUGGGAAGAUGACCUGUCCACCCCAAGUGAAGAAGAGUGGAAGAGGAUCAAAGAACGGGGCGAGACCCAUGCGCUAGAUACCGCCGCCAUAGGGAAACAUCUUUUGUCAUUCAACGAUGAUCCAGACAUUCGCCCUGUGAAGAAAUUGCGGAUGAACUGGGUCAUUCGAAACAUCCGUGGAAACAAAACCAAGCCAAAUCAUGCUCGGGUCAUGAUCUCCCCGCCUUUCAAAGUCGAUGGGCGAUACUGGCAGAUCAAAUUCUUCCCUAGAGGUAACGACGAGCAUGGACAGCGAGAUGCAAAGCAUCUUAGCCUCUAUCUUCGAUGUGGCUGGGAACCACUUGCGUCGAAUAACGGCAUCACCCAGAGCACAUGUACCUUUUAUCAAGGAUCUCCAGACUCCGACUUUGGCGAGGGAGCUACCCCAGAGCAGGUCAUUGAUAUCAGUCCACCCACGGAAGAAGCCUCCGGCGGCCCUGAGGCGCAAGCUCCGCCUUUGGCUCAAGACCAACCCAUCCCCGCCAGUUCAGAUACGCCCCCGACGUCGCAAGCAGAGGCCAACGCUGGUGCCGAUGGUACCUCGAUGCAAGAUCGGCCAUCGCAGGUAGACUGGCGAACUGCAGCUGCCAUGGGAGUUACCAUGUACAAUCCUCAGGAGCCUCGUACGUUCGAGACGGUAUGGAGUACUCACCAAUUUAACCCGCAAAAUGAAGACUGGGGCUUCUUACGCUUCGGAAGUCGAAAAUGGAAAUACCUUCAUAUUCGAGGGGGUGAGCAGCGCACACCUUUCAUCCAAAAAGAUACGCUGGCAAUCGAUGUUAACGUCUUAAUAUUUGACGACCCAUCCCAGUCGCUUUGGUGGCAUCCAAGCGACACAGAGCCAUCCUGGAACUCAAAGCUCCUGGCCGGCUACUACCCCAUGGGUACACCACAUUUCUAUUACAGCCCUGCUGUUGCCGGUCUCACUGCAUUAUUACUGCUGGUCCCUUUCCGCAAGUUGAUCCAGAGCAUCGAUGGGGGGGCUUGGAGAUCAAACUCGCAGCUUCGGCCCCGUCCACUUGUUUGUAAACUACAAAUGGUCCUCUCCUUGAUGCGUCAUCUGCUCCCAACAUCAGAUAAUUAUGUCAAUGUCGUCCCUAUUAUUGACAUGCUUCAAGCAGCAGGGGAGACGUUUUUGGAGGUCAACACAUUCUGGGAUGCCCUGCGGAGGUCUCUCGAGCUUGAGCUUGAGGGCGAGUCGGCAGCACUGACAAGUCUCUCGAAGAUUUUUGACACUGCCAACGGACCCGUAUCCUUUCCACCUCUUCCCGUGGAGACGGUUGCCAAUAUCCAACAAGGAGUGGAGCACAUAUUGGAUCAACAAAACUUCCAAGGACUUCUCCCUGACUUCCUCCCUCUGACGCUCGACAGACAAAAGUUUGAUAAGCGAACCCGCAAAUGGGUGCUCCUUCAAGAUCAUGUUCACCUCAAUGAAGAGAUUGAUCUGAGUCGCUUCUCAACGGAUGGCGCCGCUUCCAAGUAUACGUUGUACGGAUUUGUUGUGCACAGCAAUGAGAGGACGUCGGAGAAAUUCUUCAGUGUUCUACGACCCGGAGGCCCUCAAACCAAGUGGCUCGAGUUCAGUGAUGGCAAUGGGAACAAGGUGAAGUCUUACACUACGAAGGGUCUACAGAAGUAUUGGGGCUUGGAAGGUCAAGCCUUGAAAGACUACCUGUCGCAAGAACCUACUCCACCACUUGACACAGUUUACCUCGCCAUGUACGUAAGGUCCGACCUUCUGGGAGAAUACCUGGCUCCUUACAUGGAGCCGUAUCUGCUACCCGAGUGGAUGGUUCAACAUCUUCAAAGUGGUAUCCUGAGUGAGGGGAUCAUCUCCAGCGAACACAUUGAUGGAGAUACAAACGAGAUUCAGGUCGAGGUCUACUCAGACCAAGCGGUUAUUGGCCGAACAGGUCUCCUAGACCCAAUCAAAAUGACGAGGCAAUCCCAGCACCUGGGGACAUUUCACAAGAUGACCUUCUCAAGCAAGUUCAAGUUCCAGGACGUCCGAUCAGCGAUUGCGACAAAGCUAUCGAUCGACAACUCGGAAAGAAUCCGCCUAUUUGUCUUGAACUUUGGGUCACUGGGUGAUGCGCCUGAGAUGUUUCCGGUUAUUCUAUCUACGACACUGGGUGAUGAACAUGCUCGGUCCCGACCUCUGUGCUUGUGGAUGUCAAUCUUGCACACUGCCGAAGACCUCGAAGCGUUUGGCGAGCCGGACCACAAGGAAGUAGAUGAUCAGGACGCACGAUGGAGGAUGGAUACGGAUGAAACGAAUCGAUCAACAGAUCACGAUGGGUGGGGAGAUUCAACAGCAGCCGCAGACCUCGAACAGGAGUCUGUGCAACAAGCAGUUUUGGCCGAUGUUCAGCGCCUUCCGAGCACCGCUGAAGCUCAAGUAGGCCCAGCACCGUCAAUUGAGAACAACCAAGGCACAGCUAUGCCAACUGGAGAAAUAGUGGUUUCCGGAGUUGAAGACGAGACAGCGCUAGAAGUUCCUCAUGGCCACCUUGUGGACGCCACCAGUCAUGAGCAAAUCGACAGUUCUGACACCGUCGAAAUGAAUGGAAAUGGUGCGACAAACCUCAUCCCGGUUGAAGAUGCCGCCAUCACCACCUCGGUCGAUGGAGCAACUGUGACCAUGGAGAUGCUCUUAUCGACGGUACAGAAUGGAAACGAGCCAGACAGCAUGAACACGGCCAAUUCGGAGUCAUCAUCGGCCUUGUCAUCACCUGAGGAACAAGCCAGACCAGUUGCCUGCACGUAUGUAUUCCUUCAAUUCUUUGACGUGGAAAAUCAAACCUUUCGCCUUAUCGAAGCCUUUUUCACCAAGGCGGAUGACAAGGUCAAGGAUGCGUUACGAAGAAAGAUGGGCUACCCUUUGGACAAGCAGUUCGAGGUGUGGAGAAGAGCCGAAACUCCAGUGAAAUGUGAAGUGGUCGCCGACGAUGAAUGCUUCGAAGCGAACUCGGUCACAACAUAUAUAAUUGGCGACAAGAAGUCUGAAAUGGAUGACCAGAAACUGCAGCGACAGGGCAAAUAUUGGGACCCAUUUGAGGUGGGCGACUAUCUUCGAAUGUUGGAGCGGAAACAUCCUAUUCGAUCCAAGACAACAGCAGCGCCAAUUGUACAGUCGGUGUUUGGAGAGGACUACUACCAAGGACACUUGGUACAGGGGCAGCGACACGGGGAGAAGUGUGUGUUGAUCUCGGGCGAAGGCAACAUGUACGAAGGCCCAAUGGCUUUAAACGAGAAGUGGGGCCAAGGCGGAAAGAUGACAUAUUGCAACGGGGACACAUACGAAGGGGAGUGGGAGGAGGACGAGCGACAUGGCCAAGGUACAAUGAUUGAAAGCCGGACUGGCAACAAAUAUGUGGGAGGCUUUGAGCAUGGAAAGCGCUGGGGCACGGGGACGACGUACUGGCAGGUGGCUGACGAGCAAGCCGACUUGUGUCAGAUUUGUGCUGGGGAAGAAGUGAAUGCGCUCUUUUACCCAUGCGGACACGUCUGCGCAUGCGUUGAAUGUGCUGGACAGUGCCCUCAGUGUCCGAUCUGCCGAAAGUCGGUCCAACAAGUGGUGAAGAUGUUUCGGGCUUGAAAGGGAAGCUGGCAGGUGAUGAGCUAAAAGGCUUGCAUUGAUCAGACGACCGGCGAACGACAGGGAGAGAAUGUUUUUUGCAGAGACAUGGAAUAUCAGACCAACGACAUAAUGACACAGUCAGAGGAGCAUGGUGUUUAGGCGUGCUGAAAUACUGGGAUCAGAUAUGAUGCCAAGGAGCAGAUAGGAUUUGACGCUGAAACGAGAAGAAGUUGUAAUCAUCAUACAACAGUGACACCACGG